CACAAGUGCAAAAGGUGUGACUAGAAAAACGGGCGUUGUGGUCGUAGGAAAGCGAGACGUCACCAACCGAGUGGGAAUGGCGAUGAAAGGGAGCCCUCACACCUUUCCCUCCACAAUCACUCCAUCCUCCUGCCCCUGCUCCUGCUCUCUGCUCCAUUGCUUUCCUCCCUCUGCCUCGAGAAGCCGGCUAGCCGGAGAGGGAACGUGGUCGCCGGAGUCGGAGAAGAGGAAGGAAGAGGGUGAGGGAGGAUGUCGGACUGGGGGCCGGUGGUGAUCGCGGUGGUGCUGUUCGUGCUGCUGUCCCCGGGGCUGCUGCUGCAGCUCCCCGGGAAGCACCACUUCGUGGAGUUCGGCAACAUGCACACCAGCGCCAUGGCCAUCCUCGUCCACGCCAUCAUCUACUUCGCCCUCAUCGCUCUCUUCGUCAUCGUCAUCGGCGUGCACAUCACCACGGACUAGUCCGAUCGAUCCCCCGGCCAGCUGCAAUUAAGCUGCUCUCCUUCUUUUUCUUCUGCUUCUCGUUUCUUUCUUUACUUUUGUUUUUGGCUGACUCUUGCCUCUGUUCUUGCUGGUGCAGCAACCACUGUAGUAUGUGAUGAUGUUUCUUUGUUGCCCUGCGUAAUUAAUCGCUCGUAUGUAGCCGCCUGAUUAAUAAAGAGAUGUUUACUUGGUUUUCCA